CGUAUUUGCAGCUACACUUUGAGCACGUAGUAGAGAGAGAAAAGCUUUGAACAAGAAGAUAGAGAGAGGGAGCAGGUCACAUUUAACGACUAUUUGACUCAUUCCUUCUUAAACCUAACCCGCCCAAACAACUAUCUCGAAAAACCUAGAAAUUUUGAAGCUUUGAUUUCGAUUAAUACCAUCGAUCAAAAGUUGUUCAAGGUCCGAGGACCUUGAAAUUGAUCAUUUCUGAAAGUUUUAGAGCAUCUCUGAAAUUGACACGCUAUGGAGGCAACACCGAGAUCUGCUGUUCUUCCCCAUGUAAAUCCUUCCGGUUCAACUCUCCGUUCGAAUCGUAAAACUGCCAUAUCAUGCCCUCAAAGUAGACGUGUUAUGCUUGCCUAUGGCUGUUCAUCCAAAGGAUCACGAGUUUUUGAUUCACGUACCUGUCGAGCAUCUAUGCUUUCAUCUUCUGACUCAAGUGAUGAAAGGAAUAGCAGUCUAGGGGGAUCAUACGCAGGUGACCCGAAGAAGAGGAACCUAAUUGGGCAAACAUUUUACUCUACGGGAGUGUGCACAUAUCCUGGAAGUGGUGUUGCAUCUCCUUCACAUGCCGCAGAAGAAAAAAUAGGAGUGCUGCUUCUGAAUCUUGGAGGACCGGAUACGCUGCAUGACGUUCAACCAUUUUUAUUCAAUUUAUUUGCAGACCCAGAUAUUAUACGUCUCCCCAGGCUGUUCCGAUUUCUUCAGCGCCCACUGGCACAACUGAUUUCUGUGUUCCGGGCUCCCAAAAGUAAAGAAGGGUAUGCUGCCAUAGGUGGUGGCUCACCUUUGCGAAAAAUAACAGAUGAGCAGGCAACUGCACUUAAGAUGGCAUUGGCAGCAAAGGAAAUGCCUGUCAAUGUCUAUGUCGCAAUGCGUUACUGGCACCCGUACACUGAGGAAGCUGUUCAACAGAUGAAGAGGGACGGGAUUACAAGGCUUGUUGUGCUGCCACUUUAUCCUCAAUUUUCCAUCUCUACAACAGGGUCAAGCAUCCGUGUCCUGCAAAGUAUAUUCAGGGAUGAUGCAUAUUUGUCAAGACUGCCCACUUCUAUAAUACAGUCCUGGUAUCAACGCGAAGGUUAUAUCAAAUCAAUGGCAGACUUGAUUGAGAAGGAGUUACAGAUUUUCUCCAAGCCUGAGGAGGUCAUGAUAUUCUUCAGUGCCCAUGGGGUACCAGUCAGUUAUGUUGAGCGAGCGGGAGAUCCAUAUAGAGAUCAGAUGGAGGAGUGCAUUCUCUUGAUUAUGCAAGAGCUGAAAGCAAGAGGAAUCGACAAUAGUCAUACUCUUGCUUACCAGAGUCGAGUUGGGCCUGUACAAUGGUUGAAGCCCUAUACAGAUGAAGUUCUUGUUGAGCUUGGGCAAAAAGGCGUGAAGAGUCUCUUGGCUGUUCCAGUUAGCUUUGUAAGCGAGCACAUAGAAACUCUUGAAGAGAUUGACAUGGAGUACAAGGAAUUGGCUCUAGAAUCUGGCAUAGAGAAUUGGGGUCGUGUCCCUGCACUGGGUUGCACUUCCUCCUUCAUAACCGAUCUGGCAGAUGCAGUGAUCGAAGCCCUUCCUUCAGCGGUUGCCAUGUCAACCUCAAGUGAUAUGUCUGACGAAGUCGAUCAUGAUCCAAUGGGUUACUUUAUCAAAUUGUUUUUUGGUUCAAUCUUAGCAUUUGUUUUGCUUUUUUCACCCAAAGUGAUAUUAGCGUUCAAGAAUCAACUCUACUAGAGGAAUCUGUGAGAUGAUACCACUGCUGAAUGCAGCUAUAGUUAUGGAGAAUAAGAAUGAAAGUUGAACAUGGUGGCAGAGUUAUUUGAAAUUUUAUAGGCAUUUUUAGUAAGUCCAUCAUUUUCUCCCUUUUUGUUCAAGGGUAAAAAUAUGAUAUAAAAUACAAGAUUUGUGAGAUAUUAUUUUUGUAAGCAGGUAAUAGUUUUGAUUCGUGCUAAUUAAUUUCGAAUAUACAUGUUAUGUUUGUUAUAAAGGCAUUGGAUUGUACAACAUUUGUGCAACAAUCUAGAUUAUACAUGUUUGUGUUUAUAUA